AUGGACAAGAUUAUACUCUCAACUACUUCAACUCCUUUAGCCAUCUCUUCUCUUCCUCCACUUCAUGCAGUUGCUUCCUCAGCUUCUUUAUCUUCUCCAAAGAAGCUUUUCUUGAUAAGGUCUCAAAGUCAAAGAAAACCAUCACCAUCAUCAUUAUCUUCAAGAAGGUCAACUAGUUUCUGUAAAGUUCACAAGUCUAUUACAAUAACAUGUGGAGCUAUUACUGAGAUUAAUGAAAGUGAGUUUCAAAAUGUUGUCUUAAAUUCUGACCGUCCAGUGCUUGUUGAGUUUGUUGCAAAUUGGUGUGGUCCUUGUAGGUUAAUCUCUCCUGCUAUGGAAUCGGUGGCUCAGGAAUAUGGAGAUAGAUUGAUGGUUGUUAAGAUCGAUCAUGAUGCGAACCCGGAAUUAAUUAAGGAGUAUAAAGUCUAUGGAUUGCCUGCUUUGAUUCUUUUUAAAGAUGGUAAGGAAGUGGCUGAAAGCAGAAGGGAAGGUGCCAUUACAAAGGUAAAACUUAAGGAAUAUGUUGAUGCUCUAUUGGAGUCCAUAUCAGUUGCAUAG